CAGGUGACGUCCAAGUGUCAGAUGGCGCUGGGAUCAUAUCCAAUGGACGUCCAGAAGUGUGCCCUGGGCCUGGACAUGUAUAGAGGAGCCCGUAUUCUAUGGGGUCCGAAGACGGAGUGGUUCGACGAAAGCAAACAUCCAGUUGUCGUGAGAUCUUCUGGCAUCAACGCGCAGUUCCAGCUUGUCAAAGCACACGCCUUCUCUUAUGUCAACUCCUACGUGGAACGCGGCAUAUCGUGUCUGUACGCGGCUUCGACCUGCGACUUCACCUCAAUGGAAGACGAAUGCUUGUCGCAGGACUGCAUCAGCGCAGACCGACAGGGGACGGCACAGUGCGAGAAAUGCAACUUCUACGGAAACUGUACAUCCGGAGGGGCUGACAUCACCUGCGAUGCUGAAGGGCUGGCGCAAGCUUCGCGAUUCGGCAGCUUGACAUCGGGGCAGGUCCGCUUCGCGCUCAUCAGGCGGAUAAAUUUCCACUUCAUCCAGACCUACGGACCCACCCUGACCACUGUCGUCAUGAGCUGGACGUCCUUCUGGGUCAACCCUGAGGUGGUGACCGCCAGGGUGUCGCUGAACGUGGUGACUGUACUCACCAUGCUCACACAGACCAGGAAAGUUGAAUCGUUUCCGGAGGUGUCGUACGUCCGUGCCAUUGACGUGUGGCUGUUCGCCUGUCAGUGGUUCGUCUUCGUGUCUCUGAUCGAGUACGGCGUGGUCCACUACUACAUCCGACGCGACUCCAAGACCAAGGUCACCGUGGUAAAUCUAGCUACUUUUUAUUGGUUAUUGUUAUUAUUUAUUGGGGUGGAUUGAGAAGAGCUU